CAGCAAAAAUAGUUUCUUUCUUGGUCUUGGGUUGGUCCUCAGAGGGGAGAGAGCGCUUUUGGAAUUUGUGGUUACAUAGUAUUUCGUCGGGUAACUCGAUGCGCUGGAAGGGGGAAGGCAGAAGAUCCCUCCUUGCCGACAACGCAUUGAGACUUCCAGAAAUCUCUCAUUCUGAAGACGUUAGAAAGAGGAAAAUGGCCUCUAAAGUUACAAUCGAUGGAGUAAGUUUUGUAUAGACAGAAUAUAUGGAACCGUUACGUGUAGCCGCCUAGUAAGCAGAGGUUGCACUGUCUACAUUAACAUAGAAAAUGAAAUGUAUGUCAUUUCAGCCGCAGAAACGGAGAAAGGAGUCAUUGGACGACUGCCACAAUAUUUCUUAUCAUCGGGGAGUUAUUGUUUGUCACCAGAAUGGAAUGGUAAAUGGUGCAUUUCCAUGUAAACUUUCAGCAAGAUUAUAGCACACAAGUUGACAAGUGUUUGUGUUUACUUUAUUGAAACAGCCCAGAUUGUGCAUUUGUCUUUCUGAACAGUUACGUCAUAACCUACUGCGGAACAAUUUUUUUCUUCUCAAACAAAGCGUUUUUACGGAUAAUCACUGAUCAGUUAUUUCAUCUGAAAACUGGACACAACGUCAGAAAGACAGAGGACCACAGGCAAUGCCUCUCUCACUAAUCUUCUUAUAGCCAUUGUAGGUUUUUCUUUGACACUGCAAAAAUGAAACAGACACUGCAUCUCUGUGUGUUAUGGCUGUUGCUGGUAUGGAGCACAGGGGCCUCUGACAGGAGACCCCUCAAAAGGACAAUCUUACGACGAACAUCCCUCCAGGGGGGGAUUUUUAACAGAACACAAAAUGUGCUGAACUCUGACAGUAUUGCUCCUUCCGCUGGUGGUAUAAAUGUAUCCCCUAUGACGAGCCAUGGUGACAGAAUGCAGAGAGAUGAGAAAGCUGAGCCUCCAAGAAGAGGAAAAGAACCACCAAGCAGAAGGAUGAUGCCAAGCAGAAGAAUACCCCAACAACCAAAGAAACCCAUAAACCAGGUUGGCAGUGGCACUGGCACAUCUCAAGACAACAGUAAACCAGUGACAGGGGAGGCGGUUCAGCCUCAGUCCACACCAGCCCGCACCGUCCCCGGCAGCGCAGGCUCCCUCAACGUCCUGGCCAGCUUCGCAGGGAAGAACCGGGUCCUGGUCAUCUCCGCCCCACAUGACUCAGACGGUUACUAUCGCCUGAUGAUGACCCUCCUCAAGUCGGACGUCUACUGCCAGAUGGCGGAGCGGCACAUGCAGAUGAUAGUGAUGUUCCACCAGGAGGGAGAGCGAGGCGGGAAGGUGCGGCGGGUCAACGCCAAGGGACAGGUGACGGAGGAGCCCCUGGAUACGGUCCUCAUCCCCAGGCUGAUGAACUUCCUGAAGCUGGAGGAGGGAAAGUUUGGCAUGGUUCUCCUUAGGAAGACCCUCCAGGUGGAGGAGAGGUACCCGUACCCGGUCAGGCUGGAGGCUAUGUACGAGGUGAUGGACCAGACCCACAUGCGCAAGCUGGAGAAGGCCAGGCAGAGGGGCUUCGUGCAGAGGUGCAAGGCGGCCGGUGUUGAGGGCCAGGUGGUUGAGUCUCAGGGCCAGGGGGUAUUGACCACGGGGUCAGAGGUCAGUGAACUCUACAGUGGACAGGGUGCCAGUGUGGAAAGGGGUGCAGAGACCAGCUCAAGGACCAAAGGCUGUGACAGUUACCACAACCCGACCAACCACAAAACCAACUAUGACCACAAAGGCAACCACAAUUACAACAAAGCCAACCACAACCACCACAACAAAACCAACAAGAUCAAAAAAAAAAAAACCACAACAAAACCACCAACAACAACAAAAGCAACCACAACCAUUACUACAGCAAAGCCAACCACAACCACCACCAGAAAAACAACCACGACCACAACAAAACCAACAACUACUACAACGACCACAAAAGUAACCACCACAACAAAACCAACAACCACAACAAAAACAACCACGACCACCACCACUAUAAAACCAACCACCACAACAAAACCAAAAACUACAACAACACGACGAACCACAACCACCACAACAAAACCAAAAACUACAACAACACGACGAACCACAACCACAACCACCACAAAACCCACAGUUCCGAAGCUCUUGGACCCCCAGACAACACCGCACUGGGACCUAGAGGUCCCCACCACAGACGAAUCCUUCUACAUCCCCUCAGAGACCCACAGAAAUGGCAUAGAUGACGUUACAGAAUCCCACAGAGACCAAUAUGAAGAAGACACAACCGACGAUAGCAAACAUGGCCGACAAGUUGUUACCUCUCCAACUCAGCUCACUAACAACAAACCAACUGAAGGAGGGGAAGAGCUGGGCAGUGAACUUAAGGUUGACUCUGAUGCACAGGUGGAAACAGCUUCCCCCAAGAAGAGCAAGGUCAAGCGGCCUGUCAAUGCAGAGAGGAAGAAAAAGGCUGAUAAAUCAGGCAAAAAGAGUAAAGCAGACAAGAAAAGGUUGAAGGCUACUAAAGACAGUGAUGGGGGCUUCUAUCGUGGCAGGAGACCAGGGAAGAAGGCCGCUAUUAACCAGGAGAAAGAAGCAGACAACAAGAGGCCCCCCACAAAACAGCCAAACCUCUUAGUAUCCUUUUUUGGUCAUUUUGAGAAGAGACGACGUCUACUUGUGAUCAGUACUCCAGACGAGGAGAAUCCUAUGUACACGCAGCAGAGAGAUGAGUAUCUGGAGCAUGUGUGUGAAUUGGGCGUCAGAAAAAUCUCUCUUAUCACCAUCUUUGGCUCUCUGACCAAUGGCACCAUGAAGAUGGACCAUUACCAGGCUGAGAAGGAUCAGCCUCUGAAAGGCAUGAAAGAAGAGGAUUUCACAAACCAGCCCCUCAUCAGAGCCUUGAGGAAUGAGUUGGGACUGAUAUUUGACGACUACUAUAUGGUGCUGACUGACUUUGAUAUGAAAGUGAAGCAAGAAUAUGAGGUGCCCAUCGCCAUGACGGCUGUGUUUGACUACAUAGACACAUUCUCUUCUCGCAUCAAGGAGAUGGAACAGCAGAAGAGGCAAGGAGUGACGUGUAAGACAGAAGACAAAUCCAAAUCCCUGGAGAACUUCCUCUCACGGUUCCGCUGGAGACGCAGGCUGUUUGUGAUCUCCUCCUCUGACGACGAGGAAUGGGCCUAUCAGCAGCAGCUCUACGCCCUGACUAGCCAGGCCUGCAAUCUGGGCCUGCGCCACUUGUCUGUGCUGAAGCUGAUUGGAAAGGACAUGGAGGAUAUGGGCGGGACCCUUGAGCUAUACCCAAUCAACGGGACUGCCACUGUGGAACGUGAGGACGUUUCUCCCUCUCUGGUGCAGGACAUCAGGAACUACUUCCAGAUCAGCCCAGAGUACUUCUCUAUGCUGCUGGUGGGGAAAGACGGCAACGUCAAGUCCUGGUACCCGUCUCCCAUGUGGUCCAUGUCCAUCAUAUAUGACCUGGUUGACUCCAUGCAGCUCCGCAGACAGGAGAUGGCUAUCCAGCAGUCCCUUGGCAUGCGCUGUCCUGAGGAUGAGUAUGGGGGCUACGGUCAUGACAGAGACCCGGAUGGUUACCACCGUGGAUAUGGUUACUAAAGGAUUGAGAAUAGGAUGUUCCCCUUAGGAUGUGUUGGAUUUUCUAUUGAGGCCUGCUUGUGGCCUUGUCCCAUGAACUAUAUGAAGCCAUUGUAUGAAUGGCUUUUCAUGAAAGCUUUUUUUUUGCAUUUUGAUAACUGUGACGUUGUUUAAUAAGAAUUGACUUUUCUAUAAUAGAUUAUGAAAAUGCAGCAUACUUUUUCUUCCAUAUAUUUUUGAAUAUGAUUUGUUUCACAGGGAGAAUGGAGAUUUCAGAUUAAAAACAUUUGGCAAUUGCCUUUUAUGUUGUGCAUAUAUUUGUUAUCUUGUAUGGAGAUAUACAGGCCCAAAUAAAGGAAACACUGGAGUAAAUGAGGGAUACAAAGUGUAUUGAAAGCAGGUGCUUCCACACAGGUGUGGUUCCUGAGUUAAUUAAGCAAUUAACAUCCCAUCAUGCUUAGAGUCAUCAAUCAGAUGUCACAACUGCUUAUACAGAAACCCAGCCUAAAACCCCAAAAAGCAGGCAAUGCAGAUGUGGAAAAACUCGCCAGAAAGGCAGGAACCUAGGAAGAAACCUAGUGCGAAGCCAGGCUCUGAGGGGUGGCCAGUCCCCUUCUGGCUGGAGAUUAUAAGAGUACAAUUAAGGCCAGAUUGUUCUUCAACCCCACCCACUUUGCCAGAGCAGAGCACCCACACCACCAGAGAGAUAUCAACAGACCACCAAAUAUAGCCCACGAAGAUCUUCCCCACCACACGAACCCAAGGGGGUGCAAAACCAGACAGGAAGAUGACAUCAGUCACUCUACCCACUCAAGUCCAGUAUACCAAAAAAUGCCUGGCACGAUGUGAUGUACCCCUCUUAGGGACUAGCAAAGCCAGAGACUCAGCCCCAGUAAUAGGGUCAGAGGCAGAGAAUCCAGUGGAGAGAGGAGAGCCAGCCAGGCAGAGACAGCAAGGGGCUUUUCUCACUCCAGUGCCUCACUCCUGGGCCAGACUACACUCAAUCACAGGACCUACUGAAGAGAUGAGUCUUCAGUAAAGACUUAAAGGUUGAGACCGAGUCUGCAUCUUUCACAUGGAUCGGCAGACCAUCCCAUAAAAAUGGAGCUCUACAGGAGCUAAUUCUAGGGACAAUUAGGAGGCCUGCGUCUUGUGACUGUACAUGUAGGUUUGUACCGCAGGAUCAAAUCGGAGAGAUAGGUAAUGCUUUGAAGGUUAGCAGGAAAACCUUGAAAUCAGCCAGAGCCUUAACAGAGACCAGCACUGGAGUAAUAUGAUCAAGUGUUUUGGUUCUAGUCAAGAUUCUAGAAGACGUAUUGAUUUUGUUCUUUAUCCAGGUAGCCGGAGAGUAGAGCAUUUCAGUAGUCUAAUCUUGAAGUAACAAAGCAUGGAUUAGCUGUUCUUUAUGAUUUUUUGACAAUGUUUUGCAAUGAUAGAAAGAUGGAAAAAAAGCUGUUUUUAAAAUAAUGUUGAUAAGGGUCCAGAGUAAUGCAGAGGUCCUUCACGUUUUAUUUUAGAUGACUGUACAACCACUGAGAUUAAUUGUCAGAUCAAACAGCAGAUCUCUUUGUUUCUUUGGACCUAGAUCCAGCAUCACUGUUUUGUCUGAGUUUAAAAGUAAAACAAUUCAUCAAAAAUAAUAAAAUAAUUAAUAAUC